UCUUGUUGUGGGAAAGAGAAAAAAAUGAAAAAGAAUUAUGAAACGGGAAUCGAAAACAGAUUGAAGGACUUUUCCAACAAACAGGAUUGGUUAAUGUCACGGCGUCUCCCAGGCCUCCCUCAUUUAUUACCACCCAUUAGUACUCGUGUUUUUUUUUCCAACUAUAGCAAAACCUACUAAUUUGGUUCUAUGCUCACAAGUUAGCGGAUCUUAACACAGCGAUAUCAAUCCCAAAUUCCCCAUUCCUUGUUACUUCUUCGAUUUCUUUUCUACCCGUUUCUUUUACUUUCCUUUUUAGUGUCGUCUAUUCAAUUUCAUCCUAUUGCUGGUCGAAGUAAGGACAACCACAGACCAAAAAGUAUCAUGCCCUUAAUUCUAUUGAAUGGAAAACUGAUUCCCAAUGGUAGAGAAAUGUUAAAGAAUCAAGGAUUGCUCACUUUGAUUUGACUAUAUUGGAAAGAUUUAUCUUUUUCCAUUUGCUCAAUCAAUUUCAUUUCAUAUUUUCUUUUUUGUUUGCUGCUGUAAUUAACAGGGGAAAUGUGUUAAGGGGGUGAUCUAGGUUCGGCUGAUGGGAUAUACAAACAUCUCGGCAACAAUGCUUGGCGUUUUCAGAGCAUAUGCUAUUACAGGCACGUGAAAGCAAGUUAAACUUGAUACUAAAAUAAGUUCAAGAUGGAUUUGUGUAACUGCAUUGAUCCACCUUGGUCAGCAGAUGAUCUGCUGAUGAAAUAUCAGUACAUAUCUGACUUCUUCAUUGCGCUUGCAUAUUUUUCUAUUCCACUUGAGCUUAUUUAUUUUGUGAAGAAAUCAGCAGUUUUUCCCUAUAGAUGGGUGUUAGUGCAAUUUGGUGCAUUUAUUGUGCUUUGUGGAGCAACCCAUCUGAUCAACCUAUGGACAUUUAGCAUGCACUCAAAAACGGUAGCAGUGGUAAUGACUAUAGCUAAAGUAUGCACUGCUGUUGUAUCCUGUGCAACGGCACUCAUGCUUGUACAUAUCAUACCAGAUCUGUUAAGUGUGAAAACCCGCGAGCUGUUUUUGAAAAACAAAGCUGCAGAACUUGACAGGGAGAUGGGUAUUAUUCGAACUCAGGAAGAAACUGGAAGGCAUGUGCGAAUGCUUACUCAUGAGAUCAGAAGUACCUUGGACAGGCAUACUAUUUUAAACACCACCCUUGUUGAACUAGGUAGAACUUUAGCUUUGGAGGAAUGUGCUUUAUGGAUGCCAACUCGAACUGGCUUGGAGCUUCAGCUUUCCCACGUUCUUUGCCAUCAAAAUCAUGUGCCAUAUACUGUUACCAUUAAACACCCUAAUGUUAACCAGGUAUUUAGUACUAAUAGAGCAAUAGGGAUUCCUCCGACUAGUCCAAUAGCAAUGAUUCGGCCACGGUCAGGGAAGAUCAUGACAGGGGAUGUGGUUGCAGUCCGUGUUCCUCUUUUGCAUCUCUCAAAUUUUCACAUGAAUGAUUGGCCUGAGCCUUCAAAGAGACAGUAUGCAUUGAUGGUCCUGAUGCUGCCCUCAGACAGUGCCCGCAGGUGGCAUCUUCAUGAAUUGGAGCUUGUGGAGGUUGUUGCAGACCAGGUGGCUGUUGCCCUCUCCCAUGCUGCAAUUCUUGAAGAAUCAAUGAGAGCACGUGACCUGCUGAUGGAGCAAAAUGUUGCACUUGAUCUAGCUCGCCAAGAGGCUGAAACAGCUAUUCGUGCACGUAAUGACUUCUUAGCUGUAAUGAACCAUGAAAUGCGCACUCCAAUGCAUGCUAUUAUUGCCCUGUCUUCACUACUUCAGGAGACAGAUUUGACUCCAGAACAACGUUCGAUGGUUGAGACAAUCUUGAAGAGUAGUAAUCUCCUAGCCACACUUAUGAAUGAUGUUUUAGAUCUUUCGAGGCUUGAGGAUGGGAGCCUGGAACUCAACAUUCGGAAAUUUAAUCUUCUUGCUAUGUUCCGUGAGGUUCAUAAUCUUGUAAAACCCAUUGCAUCUGUGAAGAGGUUGUCAGUGUCAAUGACUCUGGCCCCGGACUUACCACAGUAUGCUGUUGGUGAUGACAAACGUCUUAUGCAAAUUGUAUUGAAUGUGGUAGGGAAUGCUGUGAAGUUCUCUAGGGAAGGUAGUAUUUUGGUGACAGCACAAUUAGAGAGGCCGGAAGCCCUAAGAGAUUCACGUGUUCCAGAUUUCUAUCCAGUGCAGGGCGACUUUCAUUUCUACCUAAGAGUGCAGGUGAAGGACAGUGGCCUGGGAAUCAAUCCUCAGGAUAUUCCAAAGCUGUUCAAUAAAUUUGUGCAGUCUGAUGUGAUGACAACUAGAAAUUAUGGUGGCACUGGUCUUGGACUCGCCAUUUGCAAGAGGUUUGUAAAUCUAAUGGAGGGUCAUAUAUGGCUUGAGAGUGAAGGUUUAGGCAAGGGCUCUACUGCAAUAUUUAUUGUUAAGCUGGGGAUUCCAGACCCUCGAAAUGAAUUGGAUCAUCAAAUUGCAUUUCCCAUCCAAUCUAAUUCUAAUCACACAGAUUUUUCUGGGUUGAAAGUCCUUGUGACAGAUGAUAAUGGUGUUAACCGGAUGGUUACAAGGGGCCUUCUUGCUCGUUUAGGGUGUGAUGUGACAGUUGUUAGUUCAGGUCGUGAAUGCUUACAAGCUAUAUCACAGGCUGGGCAGAAUUUCAAGGUAUUAUUUCUAGAUGUAUGUAUGCCGGAAAUGGAUGGAUUUGCAGUUGCCGCUCACAUUCAGGAAAUGAUUCCUCAUCAACAUGAAAGGCCAUUACUUGUAGCUCUCACUGGAAGUACUGACAAAGCAACAAGAGAAAAUUGUUUUAAAGUUGGCAUGGAUGAUGUGCUAUUAAAACCAGUUGCUCUUGAAAAGAUGCGCAGUGUAUUAGCUAAGCUCUUGGAGCAUGGUUCACAGUGUAAGAGUAGAUAGAGGCUAUUAUUGUAGGGAAGUAGUGGAGGCAUGCCACUGAUUUUUUCUUGUGAGAUUGAUCCUUUUCAAUGGUGCUAAUCUUCUGAAUGGGCCCAAUGUGCCUUAUAUGAUCAGAUGAUAGUUGAUACCAUAAAAACAUAUGCAAUCCGUUUAAACCUGUAAGUAUGAGGAUUCAGGAGAUGUUACAUCUGCAAGCCUGGUUAUGAACGUACUUCCAGACAUGCUGCAUUGGCUUGGGUUUAUUAAAGCAUGGGCUAUAUCGCUUCCUUAGUGUGUUGCAAGCAGUUGACACCCGCUUGUGUACAUAUUGCUCAAAAUUGUGCUACAAUCCCCUGAAGUGCUGCUACAUAAGACAUACUGAUCAUUCUACAUGAAUGGCUAAAUUUUAGUUAAGUUCAUUAUUUUGGGACCUGUAAAAAUGUUUUCAGAAGGCAAGCCUGUGUUACCUUGUUCCCCUGAUCAAAAGUGGGAAUGUAGUACAUGACUAUUUGAGGAACUCAAUCUGCAACAUAGAUAUGACUGUUAAACAUGGAUUUUCAUAUUGUAUCUGACCAAGGAUCUUGUCAAUGGAGAUUUUUGCACAAGGUCUUUCUUAAUAUAUUCCACCCUGGAUAAUCUAUUAAAAUGGAUAGUCUGCUGUACAUUUGCCUGACAAAUACUUUUUUGGGACUGAAAUAAUUAUUUCAGGUAUUGUUUUUGGUCCAUAUAUUAGUUUCUUUGAACAUA